CGCUCCGGCCGCCUCCAUCUCUGUAGCCGGAAAUGGACGGGCCGGGCGCGUUUGUUGUGGUGGACGCCGCUUCCUCCGCUGCCUGCGCGGCCGCUGUGACGGCGAGGCCCCGAGGGGAGAGGGCGAGGUUGCCCCCAUGAGUUCUCCUGUGGAGGAUGUCCAUGAUCCUCUUUGCCUGCGUGGUUCGGGUGAGGGAUGGACUUCCACUCUCUGCCUCCACGGACUUCCACCUAGACCAGGACUUCUUGGAGUGCAGGAAGAGGCUCAAGACCUUGUCAUCCAUUCUGACACAGUAUCCAGAGCGUGGGACAGCCAAAGAACGUGACCUCAGUAUACACUUUCAUUCUUCUGGAGACGUGGCCUGCAUGGGGAUUUGCACCAGCAGUUUCCCAGCUGCCAUGGCGUUCUGCUUUCUGGAAGAGCUCCAGUGGGAGUUUGCCACUACCUAUGAUGCCACCAGUGUGGGCCUGGCUUCCAGACCGUAUGCUUUUCUAGAAUUCGACAAUGUCAUUCAAAAAGUCAAAGGCCGUUUCAAUUACACAAACUGCGCACAGACGAAGUUCAACUUGGAAAAGAUCCAGGAAGAGCUCCUCUUGCGGCCUCCUGCACUUGUGAAGUUGGAAGAUGCGGAGCUGAGGAAUGGGAUUGUGAACGGCCACACGGAGCUCCACAUGGAAUCUGGUCCUGCUCACAGAAUGCAACCUGUGUCUGCUUUGGGAAUCUUAUCUCUUGUUCUCAACAUUAUGUGUGGAGCAUUGAAUCUCAUCCGAGGCGUUCACCUUGCAGAGUAUUCAUUUCAGGAAGACCACAAAGGAAUUGGAAAUGUGAUAGCAUUUCUCCUGCCCUUUGUAGCCUGCUUUUUGUUGUGCUGCCUUUACCUGUUCUACAGUUCAGCCAGGAAGAUAAAGGUCUUUGUACUUUUCGUCACAAUCUGUCUAUGCAACAUCUACCUGUAUGGGUUAAGGAACAUCUGGCAGAUACUUUUCCACAUAGGAGUGGCUUCCCUUUCUUCCCAUCAGAUACUGACACGGCAAGUUGUGGAGAAACAGCCAGACUUUGGAGUAUGAAAACGAUCGUGGAAUACCAGCUGCGGGUUGUUGUUUUUUAAAAAAUGUUUGGUUUGGGAAAGGGGGUGUUUAACACUGGUCAAAACCAGCUUGUGUAAAAUGGCGAGGGUUUUUUUUGUCACCCAGCCUUUCCCAGAAGAAUGGGUUUUAGCCCACAGUUGUGGGUUUAUUGAAGCUCAAGGGAACAGGCAUAUACUGUGUCCAACUCAAGGCAGGGUCCUUUGAGCACCAGUUCUUUUCAGAUCAACGCACAUAAUCUAGAGAAUGAUCUGGAUGCCCUUGCCGGAGUGAAGCAGAGCCGAGGGCCUGAUGGGUCCUACCUGUUCUGGGAUUCCGGGAGAAAGAUAGGCUGCAGUUUCCAGCAACCAUAAAACAAAUAAUCUGAUCUGUAGUGUCCUGCAAGCAGAGAGCAGGAGAGCUCUAGACAACCCCAGAACAUCAGUCCAUGCCCCACUGGAGAAGGCAAGCCAUACAGGGAUGGUGAUUGUUGCUUUCACGCUGAACCCCCCCCCCCUAAAUACGUUCCAGUCAGUCAAAUACCCACACGGCACCACAAAGGCCAGGCUUUCGACUCCUACAAGUUUAAGACACAGGUAGAGCUAAUAGAAUGGUUCGUGGCUUUUUUAUGGCAAAGAUGGCUUUAAAUGGUAGGCAGCUUGUUGUGACUACGCUAGGGGAGUAGCAACUGAUAUAAUCUCGAAUGCAGAUUAUAGAUGCCGUUUGCAUGCAUUUAGGUUAAUAGUAAUGAACGAGUUGUUGGGCAAACGCUUUGUAUGUAUUAGAGGUAACAGGAGGAAAAGGCUAAAGAGCUGAAUAGGAGGUUUAUCAGUAGAAGGUGGUCCAUUGGGGCAAAUAGGCACUGCCCCACCAGCCCAGGUGUGCUCUCAGCCAGGCCUCACCUGCCUGCUUUUUUGCUCGCAAGCUGUCCAGAAACUGGCUCUGUCAGCUUCCUCCUCCUCCUCCUCUUUCGUCUCAGUGUUGCUCUUGUGUAACUCAACAGGAAGGAGGAUGGGGGCAAAAAUAGAGUUGAUUGGUUCUGCCUGUCAUUCACCUGCUUUUGGGCUCCCUGCCUUCUGCCCUACCAGUCCCAACAUACACCCCCCAUCAGCGGUGUUGAUGUUCCUUUGCAAAUCAUCCAGGCGGACGUUCCUUGCACAUCCUAUUCAGCACUUUUCCUUCCUGGCCUGUGUGUUGUUUGUACAAAGGCACUGGAGGUAGAACAGGGUAAAAAAAAGAGGUCCGUUGGCAGAACAGACAAGUGGGAGAUAUCAGCACCAGGCAUUGUCUCACUGAUGGGGAUCAUUUGCUCCCUAUGCAGAUAAAAACAUUUCAGCUGAACUGAACAGCUUUUAAAUAGCAACCAGGGUGCAAGUUGUCUGCCAGCAACAGCACUGGUUUAGGGUGGCCUCCGGAAACUGGUGCAUCUGUUGGGAUUCUUAAAGAGUUCUAGCUUUCACUUAAAUAAACGAAAAUGUUUCUAGUGGUGUGGGCUAAGGAAAUGAGACUAAAAAGAGAGAGAGCGAUAGUCUUCUGACAAGUCUAUAGAGAAGGGAAACAAGCCUGGACUCCAGUUCCAGUUCUCUGCCUUCCUGUCUUGCAGCCCACACCUUUUAAAAAGAGAAAGCAACUUGCUCUAUGGGAGAGGCUCCCAAUAGCCUCCCUAAUGCAGCUUUCCGUGUGCAGAAAAUUUCCCGAAGGAACUUUCAAUCUCCCUUUCAUGGUCCGCCCUGAUACAAUUCAGGCACAUUUAUUAACUUUUGUAAGAAUAUAUGAUUCAUAUUAAUGGAAGCUAUUGCCCUGUAACUGAGACUAGAGCAGGUUCUCUCUCUCCUGAUACUCUUAUUGCGGCUCAUUGGGUGUAUUUAAGAUUUGUGAACAGAGUUUAAUUUAAGAGCAUGCACUUUUGAAAGUAGUAACUAGAACCUGUGCUCCUCUCAGCCUCUGCUGCACUGUACAGUCCGGUAUUUAAUGUGUAGAAAUAUGCCAGCGUUUACACCAUUUGUGAACCCCUUUUUGAUAACUUUUGGAACAAAGUUUGUCGUGUAAAGUUUUGAUGCAGUUUUUCUCGGUGACGGAUUAAGAUGUUUUACAGGACACUCUCUUACUUGUGAUAGUUUGGGGUUAGAGUCAUUUGUUGGACUGCAAACCAUUCCCACAUUCAUUCUCACUGCAUAUCCUGCAGGACUCAUCCCCCUACUCAGGAUUUUGUAUUUUCUCUCUUGACUAUGAGAGAGAGGGGAAACGGAUGGAGAGAAUUAACUUUCUUAGUCUGCAGACAGCUGGAGGUGCGAACUGAAGAAAUUAAUAAUUCUCUAAAAUCUGUUGGUAGCUCACACUGAGACUUCAUUGUGUAUUUAAUAGCUGACACCCACCUCAAGUCACAAAAGCAACUCACAUAAUCUCCUGCUUCCCCUUCACUACCAAAACCACUGCCUCUCCUCUGCCUGCUAUCCCAAAUACAUCUUGUUCCCCUUCAGAUUUCAGCAUAUCAGUGGAAUG